AUGCCUGCUUCGUUGACCAUGCCACAACACCUACACACCCUGGAAGUCAACGGCUUCAUGGCCCAUUUCACUCAUGCCCUCUGCCGCCUUGCACCGAAGCAUGACAACAUCCGUACGGUCUACAUUCCAUCUAUCUUCAUCGGACAGGCUGCCGGGAUCGCCCGCUUCAUGCAAUGGUGUGGCUCAGCCGUCGAGGAGAUCAGUCUAGACUUCCCGGAUCCACGCACCAGGCGGGAUGAUUCCGAGCUCCAGGAAGCUCCAUUCUGCGACGCCGGAGGAUUGAAGGACAACACAUCGCUCCGCGUCAUCAACCUCAUUGGUGCUCCCUCAGGCCUGCUGUCAAUUCUCAGGCAGGUCAGCUCCGAGGUCGUUGAGCAGGUCAGCAUCAACACCGCUCCUGGCGCCCUGAGCGACCUCGAUUUCGACGGGCUCGCUGCCCUCUUCUCAAGAGGCGUCUUCGCAUCGGCGAAGCUCCGCAUACUUGGCUCGGACAUACCCGUGCAGCCCCUGAUAGAGAUGCGGGACGAGGUGUACGAUAAGCUGAGUGCUCUGCGGGAGCAGGGGCGACUCGUAUUCGAGCGGGCUGGUGGGUAUGCCAUGGACCCCUCUACGCCUCCCGUUAAUGAGGCGAAGUGGGGUCCUCCAUUUGUCGUGAACGAUAUGCUAUUGGACCAUUAUCACCCAGGCAGCUCGACGUCCUAG